AUGUCCAACGAAAGGUACUCUAUUGAAAAGGCCUACAGGAUUCUAGGCAUGUCAGAUGAGACUGAAGGGGAAACCUUACUGACAAAAUCUGCCUCAGAAUACAAACCUGUAGACAGCAGCGAAACCCUGACAGAUAUCUCAGAUGAUGGAGAAGAGGUCUCUGCUAAGGGCAGGCGUACCCGACCCCAUUCCCAGAUUGCUGAGGUGUUACAAUUGCAUGAUGAUUCUCAUGUGCAGCAGAGUGCCAGUACUAGUGCCGCUCAACCUUUUGGUGAACUGGCGAACACCAACGGCCUAGUACAUCCUGGUCUUUCAAAUACCAGCACUGCAGUAUCACUUGGUGACGUAGAAAGUCCCAUAAGUGCAGUGCAAGCUGGUGCGCUGGCUAGCACAAGUAGUGUCCUGCAGCUACCAAGAAUUCACACACAGGCCCAUAGAGCCCCUAGUGUUCUUCCGGAUGUGCUUGCAAAUUCUGAUUGCCAGCCCACAAAUUCUACAGCACCUGUACUUCCCCCAUUCACUGCCCAACCCGGAAUUCAGGUGGAAACAGCAAAUUUAACUACUCCCCUUGAUUUUUUUGGAGCUGUUUUUUUACAAAAGAUCUGUAUGCAUUGAUUGUGGACAAAGAAAUUUAUCUGCACAACAGUUUAUCGCCGCCAACCCAAAUUCAAACCUUGCCAGACCAUUUGCAUGGAAACCUAUUAUGGUUUCCAAAUUUAAAGUUUUUUUGGGGCCUAACCCUCAACAUGGACAUUACUAAAAUUGUGGUUGUAUUGGUCAACAGACCCGAUUCAUCAUAUGCCUAUGUUCUAUGCUGCCAUGGCCAGGCAUAGAUAUGAGAAUAUAAUGCUCUUCAUGCAUUUCAAUGACAAUACACUCGGUCGUCCUUGGAGUGACCCUGAAUUUGACUGGCUCCACAAAAUUCGGCCCCUCGUAAAUCACCCUAACCAAAAAUUUGCAGAUGUCUAUACUCCCCAGCAAAACAUCUGUGUUGAUGAUUCCCUCAUAAAUCUUUCUGGCUGCCUUGCAUUUAAACAAUCUCUCCUCAGCAAGCGUGCCAGAUUUGGGGUCAAGAUGUGUAAGACCUGUGAGAGGGCAACAGGCUAUACAUAUAAGUUUUGGAUUUAUGAGGGAAAAGACAGUCACAUGGAGCCCCCCCGGAUGCCCAAACUACAUGGGGAGCAGUGGCAAGAUAGUUGGGGACUUGGUGUCAUCCUUUUUCCAUAUGGGGUACCACUUAUACAUGGAUAAUUUUUAUUCAAGCGUGCCACUAUUUAGACAUUUGUACAAUCCUGGA